AUGAUUAUUAGAGCAAUUGGUAGAAGAAAGUAUGUCAGUUUAAAACAACUGCUUUCGGUCAGAUUUUUCACUGCGCAGAGCAUCUGCCGAUCUACCUAUUCUAAUGACAGAAGGAAGACACUUAGAGAUAUCGAGCAAUUGUAUGCUCGAAAAGAGCCAAUUACAAUGUUGACUGCCUAUGAUAGCAUAACUAGUAGAGUGGCAGAUAAUACAGGAGUUGACAUUAGCUUGAUCGGAGAUUCGCUAGCUAUGACCACAUUAGGUAUGCAAGACACCAUAGAAAUUACCUUAGAUGAAUUCUUAUUUCACGUCAAGUCCGUUGAGAGAGGCAACAAAAGAUCAUUAUUGAUAGCUGAUUUGCCUUUCGGCUCUUUUGAAUCAUCCAAAGAGCAGGCAAUCGAAACUGCAAUUAAAUUGGUUAAGUUUGGGAAAAUUCAAGGUAUCAAGAUUGAGGGUGGUAAUGAAGAGACUAUACCUAAAAUCCGCGGCAUUAUCAAUGCUGGCAUCCCUGUGAUGGGUCAUGUCGGCUUAACUCCCCAAAAGCACAAUUCACUUGGCGGGUUCAAGUUGCAAGGAAGUCAAGUGAAUAAUGCGCUUGAUAUUUAUAAAGAUUGUAUAAGACUCCAGGAAGCUGGAUGCUUCUCAAUUGUUUUAGAGUGUAUUCCAAAUAAGCUAGCAGAACUUAUUACCAAAAAGUUGUCGAUUCCUACCAUUGGCAUUGGUGCUGGCCCCAGCUGCUCAGGACAAGUUCUUGUUAUUAGUGAUAUGUUAGGUAUGUCAGAUCCAAAUUCUCACAGGCCCAAGUUCGUUAAGCCCUAUUUGAAUUUUUACGACCAAGCUGUGAAGGCAAUAUCUGAGUACAAGCAUGAAGUCUCUUCGGGUACUUUUCCUGAUGCUGAUGAACAUGGCUAUAAAAUGAAAAGUGAAGUACUCAGCGAACUUCAAAAAGAAAUUCAGAAGUUAUAA